AGACCUCCUCAAGUUCUCAACUUUCAGGUCCUUCACCGUCGUCCGAUGUCAAAACAGAUCUUUGGCCAUUUUCUAGAGAAUGGGUUUUGGCGGAAACCUCCAUUUCUAUUUGGUACAUCACGUUGUUGUAGGUAGGAGCAGGAUUGAAUUCUUCAACCUUCUAGACGCUAGCUUUUCUGUGUUUUUGCCUCCAACUAUUUUGGCUCCGUCGCCUUAAACCAAGUACAUUUGCAUCACUGUGAAGGUUCAAAAUUUAGUCGUGGAAACGACAGACCUCUCCCCCAGCUCAGCACACUUUGAAGCAUUGGACUGGCCACAGGUUUCUUUCUGUCCCUGCGCCCUUUGUGCGUCUGUAAUUGUCAAGUUUUCUUUAAUGUCUUCGUGAAAUUUGAAUUUACAUUAUAUAUCUCGACUUACUGGUGUGCCAAUAUUGUAGCACUAGUUGAUGAUUGUGGCAAUCUGCAUGGAAAUUGCAAACUUGUUUGCUUUUGUUUCGGUCUGUAAUCAUUUUAUAAAAAUGAAUUUGGCAUUUUGCUGCAUGAAGAAUUUGAGAGAUGGGUUUUUGUUUUUUUUGUUCUUUUGUUCUUUUACUUUAAUAAGUGAAGCAGACGUGCCAUGGUAACCCCACAUUUAGCUGGCAUGGAAUUGAUCUCGGGACACUUGUUUACUCCUUUUUGGUCAUAACAGUGAUAGUGAUUAAGAUAUGGGGUCGGAGAGUCUUGUGCCUUUGUAUCUAUAGAAUUGAUCAUAACACUAGUGGGAGAGGAGUGUGAGUGAUUGUGAAAGUAAGGUCUUGUCUUGUGCGUACAUUGCAUGGAAGAAUAAAUUUUCUCAGGGCUGGAGGUUGGACCAUCCAAGUACUAUACAGUCUGAAUUAGUAUGAGCUGAAAAGUUGCGUAUGGCGGCAGGCACUUGACAGUCUGGCUUGCUGUUUUUUAUUGGUACACGGAGACAACAUAUUUAUUUAGUGUGACAAUGAAGGGUCACCUCACCUGCAUUGGUUUUUGCUUUAUUUUGGUGGUUACAGGUGAUGACUUGAUGCAUAUGGUAUUCGUUAUAAGACUUCAACUGAAGUAUGUGAAAAUAAAGUUUCCAGAGGCGUUAGAGAGAAUUAAGAAUGAUAGCCUUGUUUUUCAAGCUUCUGAUGAUACUCACACUUGCAAGCCUAGCAGCAGCUGAAGAUGUCAGUUUCACCUACAAUGGUUUCCGAUCUGCUGAUCUUAGCGUAGAUGGCAAUGCCCAAUUCACACCCAAUGGUAUUUUAGUGCUAACGAAUGAUACUGAACAGCAAAUUGGCCAUGCCUUCUACCCCAACCCAGUAACCUUCAAGAACUCAUAUUCCAAUUCCAAUGCUUUCUCAUUUUCUACCACUUUUGUCUUUGCUAUUAGGUCUCCACUUGCAACUCGGGGUGGCCAUGGACUCGCCUUUGUCAUUGCUCCGCAAAGAGGGCUUCCUGGAGCUCUAAACGGCCGUUUCCUAGGCCUUUUCAACCUGGCUAACAAUGGGAAUACCACCAAUCAUGUUUUUGCUGUAGAGCUUGACACUGUAUGGACCGAAGGGUUCCAUGACAUCGAUAACAACCAUGUUGGGAUUGAUAUUAAUGGUUUGAAAUCGGAGGACUCUGCUAGUGCAGCAUACUAUGCUAAAAAGAAUGGUGGGUUACGGAACUUAACCCUCAUCAGUGGUCAACCAAUGCAAGUUUGGGUAGACUAUGAUGGUACCAAGAAGCAAAUCAAUGUCACUUUGGCUCCAAUCAAUGUUGAUAAACCCCAUGCUCCCCUUAUUUCUUUAAACUAUGACCUUUCCUCAAUCCUUAACAGAACCAUGUAUGUUGGCUUCUCCUCCGCCACUGGCUCACUUCCCACGUCCCAUUAUGUUUUGGGCUGGAGUUUUAAGAUGAAUGGCCAGGCUCAAGAACUUGCUCUCUCACAACUUCCCAAGCUGCCUCGGAUAGGAGGUAAAAAAAUAUCUAAACUCAUAACCAUUGGUGUGCCUGUGAUAUUUGUGAGUUUGGUUUUUCUAGCAAUUUUGGGUGCUAUCUAUGCCAUGAGAAAGAAGAAGUUUGCAGAGCUGCUUGAAGAUUGGGAGCUUGAGUAUGGGCCUCAGAGAUUUAAAUACAAAGAAUUAUAUAUUGCCACCAAAGGGUUUAGGGAAAAAGAACUUCUGGGACGUGGGGGAUUUGGUAAGGUCUAUAAGGGCAUAUUACCCACCUCUAAAACUGAGAUUGCUGUGAAGAGGAUCUCACAUGAAUCAAGACAGGGGAUGAGGGAAUUUGUGGCAGAAAUUGUCAGCAUUGGCAGGCUUCGUCACCGUAAUUUGGUACCACUAUUGGGCUAUUGCAGAAGAAAAAGGGAGCUAUUCUUGGUCUAUGACUAUAUGCCUAAUGGAAGCCUAGACAAGUACAUCUAUGACCAACCAAUGGCCACUCUCAAUUGGAGCCAGAGGUUUAAAGUCAUUAGAGGUGUAGCUUCAGGGUUGUUUUAUCUUCAUGAAGAAUGGGAACAAGUUGUGGUUCACAGGGAUGUCAAGGCAAGUAAUGUAUUACUAGAUAGGGAGUUGAAUGGAAGACUAGGAGACUUUGGCCUUGCAAGAUUAUACGACCAUGGCACAGACCCUCAAACUACUCAUAUAGUUGGAACGGUCGGGUACCUUGCUCCGGAGCAUACAAGAUUCGGCAGGGCCACAACGAGCACUGAUGUGUUUUCUUUCGGGGCAUUUGUGCUUGAAGUUGCCUGUGGAAGAAGGCCAAUAGAGAUAAAAGGUCCACUUCAGCAUGUUGUAUUGGUUGAUUGGGUGUUUUCUUGUUGGAAGAGAGGUAAUAUUCUUGAGGCAAGAGAUCGAAAGUUGGGCACAGAAAUUAUAUCUGAGGAAGUGGAAUUGGUGUUGAAGCUUGGGCUGUUGUGCUCUCAUUCAGAGCCUUCAGCUAGGCCAAGCAUGCGCCAAGUUGUUCAGUAUUUGGAGAGUGACAUUGCUUUGCCAGAGCUCUCACUUCUUGGGCUCACUUCCACUGGCUUGACUUUUGCGCCCCAUGAAGGUUUUGAUGAUUUUGCGCAGUCAUAUCCCUCUUCUUCAGUCAAGGGGGUUUCAAAUAUUGAGUCAGCAGUUCUCUCAGGUGGUCGUUGACUUCAAGAAUUAGGAUUCUCUUGCAAAGUGGAAUUCAUAGCUAAUGCGCUUUGAUUGUUAGCUCUAGUACUUGUUUAUUUUUGUUUACUUUAAUAUAAAUUAAGGGGGCAAAACAAUCUGUACCGCAGUGCUUGUUACAUAAGUAACUUUAUUAAUUAGUAUUUGAGAUAUUGGCUAUUUUUGUUUGGGUUUUGAUACAUGAGAAUCAAAUUUUGUUUUGGAUUUAGCCAAAAUGGAGGCCCAGAUUCGUUGGGCUUAUCAAAAUUGCUAAGGUAAUAUACAAUUUUACCCUUUUUUGUUUAUUAAAAGCCUUUGCCAAAUCUGAUCUCAUCCUCUCUUAUACGACAACGGAGCUCUCUGCAACUCCUUGUCGCGAUGAAGCCACUGCCGUCCUGAUCCGCCAUCUAAAAGCAAGCCAUCACGUUCAAGUCCGUACCGGGUGGGAACCCACUGAUGCACGCAGCCAAGCUAGGCCAUGGAGACACCGUCAAGACUAUUCUAUAAGCUGGCGCGCCAUGGACACCCUAUCUCUUUCCAAUCUCUCCGCUGGUGACUUCGCCAUGGACGCAGGCCACGAAGAAGCCUACGAAAUACUCCUCAAUACCGGGAUUCAAGCUGAAUUGGUACUGGAACGAUUGCGUGGAAAAAGAAUAAGAAUGGGUAAGGAUUUUUUUGCCAAGUCUAUUGUUUGGAUUUAUUUGAGGUUUUUGACAGUGAAAUUUCUGAUCAAGUAUGGAAAUACACAAUUGGAUUUCUAUUUCCUAUGUGUGGUAUGAACUUGGCAUUCAACCGUGAAUUGAUUGGACCAGCAAUGUAAUUUGGACUCAUGGGUAUUGGUGAGCCAAUUGGAAGAUAUGGUGAUAUGUGGGCUAGCUGGUGCAUGAAGGUUGAGGGCAACAUAGUUGGUGACCGGUGAUGGCUGGCCGGAAGUUUGUGGCAGCGGCUGGUGGGCGGUAGCUGGCCGGACACUGGCAGUGGCUGGCGGCCUGCGACUGGUAGGAAGAUGGCGGCGGUGGCUGGCCGGAAACUGGCGGCGGCUGGUGGUGGCGACUGGCAAGAAUAUGGAUGCUGUGGCUGGCCGGUUGGCCGGAAGGUGGAUUGCUGGAGGUUUUGUGUAGCUGGAACAUGGUUUUGGUAAAAUUAGAGGGAGUGACAUUUUGUGUAAUUUUGAUGUUUUUUAAUUACAUUAUUGUAAAAUUAGGUACUACUUUUUGGUCUUUGGCCUUGCUAAUUAGGUGAAAUUGUAUUCCUAUUUCCAAAUUAGUAAACUAUAUAGUGUCUUAAAAUGAAAGCUCCCUUAUGUUUAUGGUGCAUUAAUAAAGUACCAUUUGCCAACGCUGUAAUAUCCUAUUUACCCUCAUCUGAUGAUUGGUUUAUCAAUUUUAUAUGAAAACAACAGUUAUUCAUGUGGA